AUGUUUGCAGCUGGACGUGACGUCGACAUUAUAAUGAUCAAGUCAGCAUUUAUCGUCUUAAUUGCAUGUACGAUUUUUAUUGCUUUAAUUAAAAAAUUGAGCCAUGAAAUAGUUUCGUCACCAAUUUAUUUUUUCGGCAACGAUACUACACGUGUCCUAUGUGUGGAAGGCUUUUUGAGCGGUGAUUGUGUAGAACCAUGCAUUAGUGAAAUGCAACAUAUCAUGGAAAAUAUGCCCUUCAGUCGAAGUGACCAUCAAGGACAGCUUUCUUGGACACAGCUUUUACAAGCAUCAAAAAAUCGACGAGUGACCGAAAAUUCGUUUCAUAAUAUUUGCGAGGCUUAUAAACGAGUAGAUAAAUGUUUGGAAGAAUGCGAGAAAACAUCCGAGCAUAGCGCCAGUAUUCGUCGAACAUAUGCCGGGUUACGCUUCAUUUGUGUUGAACAAAAAAAAGAAUUCUUCAACAAUUUACCAUGUCUCGCCCAGUAUGAACCAGUAGCAAUGUCACGAUGUCAAAAUGAAAUUAAUCAGUCGUUGGCGGGUAGUAAUUCAUUCAGUGCAGCUGUUAUCAACCGCGAACAGCACAAUAUUCAGAACAGACUGGGAACACUUUGCAGAGACCUCGGAAAUAUGAUCAAAUGUAUCGAACCGGUGACGCGAAAUGGCUGCGGUGAAACUGCAGCUAAGAUGAUGCUCAAAUUCAUCACUGUUGGCUUUACAAGCUUUGAACAACUGUACAAUCACCUUGGUAUUACUGAUCAGCUACCUUAUUCCUGCCGGCAACUGCUUAACCUAACCAUUGAUAGUCGAAUUAACAGUGAAAAAUGGUUGAUUUUUUCGUCUUCGCAAUCACGUAAUCCUUAUCCGGAAAAUAUCAUGAAUUCGGAUGAUGCUUCGCAAGCCAUUCCAAGCAUAACGCUUUCACUGCUGAGCAUUUCAUUUUGUUAUAACUAA